AUGGAAGAAAAUCUUGAACUAAGUCUUUUAUGUACAGAGACCAACCUUGAUGAUGAUGAUGAAGAGGCAAAAGGCAUGAUUUUUGAGAAAAUUCCGAUUGUUGGUCGUCGUGAAAUUUCGAUUUCUCAGAUGGGUUUUCCAUCGGAGAGCGAGGAGAUUAUCAGAGAGAUGAUGGAGAAAGAGAAGCAGCAUUUGCCUAAAGAUGAUUACUUCAAGAGACUUACAAGUGGAGAUUUGGAUUUGAAUGUCAGAAGAAGACAAGCCCUUAAUUGGAUUUGGAAGGCUUGUGAAGAACACCAGUUUGGACCAUUGUGUAUUUGCUUAUCAAUGAACUACUUGGAUCGAUUCUUAUCGGUUCAUGAUUUGCCUAGUGGCAAAGCUUGGAUAGUGCAGUUGUUGGCUGUUGCUUGUUUAUCACUGGCAGCUAAAAUCGAAGAAACCGAAGUGCCAAUGUUAAUAAAUCUUCAGGUUGGAGAUCCUAAGUAUGUGUUUGAGGCUAAAUCAGUACAAAGGAUGGAACUUUUGGUGUUAAACAGAUUGGAAUGGAGAUUAAGAGCGAUAACUCCGUGCUCAUACAUAAGAUAUUUCUUGAGAAAGAUGAGUAAAUGUGAUCAAGAACCAUCAACCACAUUGAUAUCCAGAUCACUACAAGUGAUAGCUACCACAACCAAAGGUAUUGACUUAUUGGAAUUUAGACCUUGUGAAGUUGCUGCUGCAGUGGCACUUUCUGUUUCUGGAGAAUUGAACACAGUACACUUUGACAACUCUCCUCUGUUCUCACUACUUCAAAAGGAGAGAGUGAAGAAGAUUGGGGAAAUGAUAGAGAGUGAUGGUUCAGGUUUAUGUUCACAAACACCUAAUGGGGUUUUAGAAGUAUCAGCUUGUUGUUUCAGCUUUGAGACUCAUGAUUCUUCUUCUUCUUCUCAUACACAUCUUUCUUAA